GUGUGUGCUGCACGCAGGCGGGAGAGAAAAUACGCCGCCGCCGCCGCCGGAGGAGGAGGAGGAGGAGGACACCGAGGCGGACACGCCGCUGCCCGACUGCCCACCGGGGGUGUCGUCCUCUCGGACGCCUUUUCUUCUUCUUCUUCUCCUCCUUUUUCGGAGAGGGGCGGGGGAGGGAGGUGUUGUUUUUUUUUCCUUGAUCGUUCUCGUCGUCCGGAUUGCAGCGCGUGGGAGGAGUCGAGGCGAGCUCGGAGCUCCGCCGCGGCCGGCAUCGAGGAGGCGCCUCGCGGACGUCGGAGGCGCCUGGCGGGGGUCCCCCCCGGUCGCGUUCGGCAUGCGGCCCGCCGAACGUCCCCUUUGGAGCGCGCGCGCGCGCGCCCGGACGUGGCUUUGUCUCGCGCGGCCGCCGCCGUGACGCAUUGGCGCUGCCGCCGACGCCUGAGAGGAGAAGCUUGAGCGGCCAGAGCCCCCUUUUGCUCCAGCCGCCCCCCCCCCCCCCCCGCCGCGGGAACAUGGCGCCCACCAAGGCCAGCAUCCAGCACGAGCACGCGCGCAAACAACGCGACCCCUACUGGGAGCGUCCGGCCAACGCGGGGGGCUGCUCCGCCGCCCGGCCCAAGACCCUUCACCUGGCGGGAGGACAGCAGCAUACCUCGUCGCCAUGGCUGCAGGCUCUGCGCAAGGAGAAGUCCCGGGACGCGGCCCGGUCGCGGCGCGGGAAGGAGAACUUUGAGUUCUACGAGCUGGCCAAGAUGCUGCCGCUGCCCGGCGCCAUCACCAGCCAGCUGGACAAGGCCUCCGUCAUCCGCCUCACCAUCAGCUACCUGAAGAUGAGGGACUUUGCCAACCAGGGCGACCCCCCGUGGAACCUGCGCGCCGACGCGCCGCCCCCCAACACCUCCGUCAAAGCUAUCGGCGGCCAGAGGAGGAGGAGCCCCGGCGCCUUGGCCUCGGACGUCUUUGACCCGCACCUGGGCAGCCACAUCCUGCAGUCCCUGGACGGUUUCGUCUUUGCGCUGAACAAGGAAGGCCGCUUCCUGUACAUCUCGGAGACCGUCUCCAUCUACCUGGGACUCUCGCAGGUGGAGCUGACGGGCAGCAGCGUCUUCGACUACGUGCACCCGGGCGACCACGCCGAGAUGGCGGAGCAGCUGGGCACCGCGGCCCCGCCGGGACGGGGGGCGUCGUCGCUGUGCCGGGCCGCCGCCAACGAGGACGCCGCCUCGUCGGCGUCCUCGCCGUCGCCGACGUCGCCGCGCCCCGAGACGCCCGAGCCAGGGGAAUCGGGCGGCCCCGGCGUCCCGUCGCCCGACUACUGCCUGGAGCGUUCCUUCUUCAUCCGAAUGAAGUCCACGCUCACCAAGAGGGGCGUCCACAUCAAGUCGUCGGGAUACAAGGUGAUCCACGCGACCGGCCGCCUGCGCACCCGCAUGGCCCCCACGCACGGCAGCUCGGCGCCCGAGCACAUCAUGGGCAUGGUGGUGGUGGCGCACGCCCUGCCCCCGCCCACCAUCAACGAGGUGCGCAUCGACUGUCAAAUGUUCGUCACGCGCGUCAACAUGGACCUCAAGAUCGUCUACUGCGAGAACAGGAUCAGCGACUACAUGGACGUGUCCGCCGCCGACAUCGUGGGCAAACGCUGCUACCAGCUGAUCCACGCCGAGGACGUGGACGCCAUCAGGCAAAGUCACGUCGACUUGAUGAACAAAGGCCAGUGCGUGACCAAGUACUACCGCUGGAUCCAGAGGAGUGCCGGCUACAUCUGGAUCCAGUCCAGCGCCACCAUCGCCGUCAAUGCCAAGAACGCCAGCGACAAGAACAUCAUCUGGAUCAACUACGUGCUCAGUAAUCACGAAUACAAGGACACGCCCAUCGACUUUGGCCAGAUGCCGAGCCUUCCGCAAAAGAAUUCCGAUUCCUCCGAAUCGUCUGACUCGGACUGCGAGUCCAAAGAAAACUCCGGAAACGAGAAGGCGGCGCGAAAGCACGGCCGAUCGGAACGCGGCGAGGACGCGGAGGCGGAGUCCCGGCGGCCGUCGCAGCGCCGUUGCGGCCGUUCGCGGCGCUCGUCCGAGCGAGAAGCCAAGCGGCGAGAGGAGCCCGAAACGUCCGACAGUCCGGACGGCGCCGACAGCCUGGACGCUUCCGACGGCGAGCCCGAUGACGGCGGGGGGGCGGCCGGGACGGGCGGCGUCCCGGGCGGCCUUCGGAUCAAAGUGGAGCAUUACGGCGAGGCGGACGAGCGUCUGCGGCCCUCGCGGUCGUCCUCGUCGGACGAGGGGGAAGACGACGACGAUGACGACGAGGAAGAAGAAGAAGACGGCGGCGCGGCGAGCGCAGGCGCGGAAAAGCUCCUGCGCCGCAAGAGGCGGAAAGUGCAGAAGUGGGACCGGACGCGCAGCAGGAAGUUGCGCCCGUCCUCGACGGCGACCAGUCCGGUCCCGCUGCUGGACGCGGCCCCCGACGCCUCCUCGCACCUUCUCGCCGCCGGCCCGCCGGGCGAGGCCUCGCUGGCGGCCGCCGCGGCGGCGGUCCUGAAGAUCAAGACGGAAAUGUCGGAGCCCGUCAACUUUGACAACGACAGCAGCAUCUGGAACUUUCCGCCCAACCGGGAGAUUUCCCGCAACGAGUCGCCGUACAGCAUGACGGCCAAGCCGGCCCCCCCGGGUGCCCUCAAGCGGGCCGGCUGCCUCCACGUCUCCAUCCCCGACGGCGUGCUCACGCCGCCCGCCACCGAGGGCGGGGCGGCGGCCAGGAAGCCCCCCUACAACGGAAGCUCCGCCCCGUCGGCUUCGGCGCCGCCCUCCGGCGGCUCCUCGGCGGACCCCCUGUCGCCGCCCCUUUCGGCGUCGCCGCGCGACGGGCGGCAGGGCACGCCCACCGCCGCCUCGUCCUCGUCGUCUUCGCUGCUGCGCUCGGGCGGGAGCUCGCCGCCCCGCGUGUACACCGGCGGGACCAUCCGCUACGCGCCGGCCGACGUCACGCUGGCCGUGGCCCCGGGGGGCCUGCUGCCCAACGCCCCGGGAUUCGCUCUGGACCCCAAGACCCCCAUGGAGAUGCUGUACCACCACGUGCAUCGCCUCAACAUGUCAGCCGCCGCCGCCGCCGCCACGGGGCCCUUUGCGGGCUCUCCGGGGGCCGCCGCGGGAACGGCGCAGAUGCCCGUCGCCGGCGGCAACGUGUUUACGACGGCCGACGGGAUCUUCUCGGCGCUGCCGUUUCCCGUCUACACAAACGGCAUCCAGGCCGACAAGAAGGACGAGUAGCGGGGGCCGGCCCAGACCGGCCCCCCACCGCAGACCGGCUUACUGUGCUUUCCGACUCUAUACUGUGUCGCCAGGGGUGACGGGCGAGGGAUUGGGGGGGGACCGAAGGAAGCGUGAAAAGAAGGGCGAGGGAGGGAAAAAAGGAAGCAUGCAAGGGAAGGAGAGAAGGAAGGAAGGAAGGAGGAAGGCUUCAACAAAGGACGGAGGGAAGUCAAGAUGGAAGGAUCGUCCGAAGGAUGGAAGGCGGGAGCGCCACGCCCUGCGGAGCAGCUUUUUUUUCACCCCUCACGCCUUCUUGCCGCCAUUUUGCUCCACCGCCAAUCGAUCGGAAGAAUGUUGACAUGGCCGCUUCUUGUUUGUCGUCGCUUCCUGUUGUCGCUGGCGAGGAUCAAAAACAACUCCAAUCUCACACACACACACACAAAAGCGACUCGAGAAUGUGAAACUACUUCCCGUUGCGUCCAUCUUGGGAGUUUGGAGGACGACACACCCGUGGUGCUAUGACAAGAUGGCCGCCAUCAUCUCAGUCCUACUGAGGCUAAGCAGCUAGCAUUGAAUUGAAACUUGAUGCUAGUCAGAUGGCGUUCAUUCCGAUGACCUAGCACUAAGGUUAUCGGCUAGCAUCGUUGCGCAUCAGCUAGCAUUGCUGUUUACAGGUUAACGUCGAGGCUAAUAGGUUAGCAUGGGCGCUCCCGACAGCUCACGUCUGCUAAUCGAAGAGCAUUGAGGCCAAUUGACUUUGUGUUCAUCACUUAAUGCCAAUCAGCCAGCAUCGAUAUGAAUUGGUUAGCAAGGCCGCUCGUCAUUUAGCAUCCCCGCUAUCAUCGGUUAACUUUUCUUAAGUGACUAGCACUGAAGUGAAUAGGCUACAUUGAGGCUUACUGACUAGCUUCGAUGCUUGUCGGUGGACCUUGAUGUUGUUUAGCGCCGCCGCCACAAUCGCCGUUCAUCGGGCGGCCUCCACGUUAAUCGGUUAGACUUGAUGCAACUAAGCUAGCAACGCUUCCGUCAUUGGGUCACGCCAACUGGCUAGCAUUGAAGCCAAUCAGCGUCUGAAAUGGAUGCUGGGCAGCGAGUCUAGAUUUUAAUCAGGUAGCAUUGAUGGUGGUCGCUCAGCAACGAGAGCCAAUCAGCUGGCAUUUACGGCCAACGUGAAAAAUGAAUGUCUCGGACCCUGACCGCUCGCUGUAUGAUUUGACGCGUUUGUUUUCCGCAGUUCUUCUUCUUCUUCCUCCGGAAUCUCCUCCGCCAACUGCGGGGAAGACAAUCCGCCGACUUCCGUCGCAUCGCAGGACUCUGGAAAACCGACCGCGCAUACGCCGGACGCCUCCUUGUCCCCCAAAUUUGAGGUGGGCGGGGGGAGGGACAAACAAACAAACAAACAAAAAACAAACAAACGUGUGCACUGUGAAUCGACCUCAUUUGUAUUUUUUGCUAAGAAGAAGGAAAAAAAGUGAUCCCG